UAAACACUUGCACACAUUCAUUCACACACCUUUUCUCUUGACUUAAUUUAACGUUGCGCCAUUUCUCAUCCUACCCUCAUCACCAUCAAACUCUUUUUCCUUAUCCUAUUUUUAAUAUCUGAACAUUCCAAACUGCCGUAAUCGUCCCUUUAACUGAACCAAUCCUGAAGAGUUGCACACAACAGACAAAACAUUUAAAAUAACUCAACACAUUUAUUCACUGCCUCCAUAUAUCAAUACCAUUUAGCGCGCUUCUAGGCGUGUGAGAUUGAAUCAAGCCGACGCAUUAGUAACCGUUAACUACGUGGAAGGAGCAUCUUCACCGAGACUAGCACGCAAUCGGAGCUGGGGUCAUGUUUCUGGACUGGAUAGCCCAACUUGGGCUGCUUGAGCAUAAUCCAGUAUCCAAUGUCCUAGCACGUUUUCCACUUCAUGUCAAAAAAACUCUCAUCACCGAGGUCACCUCAACUUUGCUGGUGACCUCAGACCUAUCACUCUUGUCAUCAAUGGCUCAUAUGCAAUGGGCCAUGGAGGUCCUGGGUCAAGGUUUCACACUGCCACUCGAGGAACUAUCGAUCGCUCAGGAGACUACACGGCUCUAUUCUCAAUGGCUCUUUGAACCGCAUAUGAGGCCUUUAGCCUUUCGACAGGCAGUUGGGUCCGAGGAUGAACAAUUGCUUUAUCAGACGAUAUUCCAUCAUUACUCGUUGUUGUUUCAAGUACGGUCUGUAAUUUCACCAUCGCCCAGCACCACUCAGCUGCAUUCUCAACAUUAUCGUCACCCAACCGCACCUCUUGCGGGCACUACGCAUGCUACGUACCCUUCCUCCCCAUACCAAUCUUCCACAACAACACCUCAGCUUCUCAAUCCAGGCCUAAUACAACGACAUGUUGAACUAUGUAAACAAGUACUUACUGUAUUAACAAUGGCAGGACGUCAACUCGGAAAUAUAUUUUCUGAAGCUACGUGGGAAGUGCUUCUCAAGGUCAUUUUGGGUAUCACAGACAGUCUACUUCGAGAACAGCCCAACAAGUCACAGAUGAUACCAGAACAGACCAAGAUGAGUGAAGAUCUUUGUGGACACCUGCUUAGAGUUCUUUUUGAGCUCUGGCUCAGAUCAGGUAUCAGGCAAGUUCACAUGUGGGAUAUCCUCAAGCAAUGCUUCAAUGGCUGGACUUACAGAACACCUGUCAUCCAUCAGUGGGCGGCUAGCUCGUUAGGAUUGUGUCAGCGGGCCGUAAGGUUGCUCUAUGGUCCUGGACAAGGUACGGAUGUCGUCAAUUUAGCUGUGGACGGUUACAACAUUGGACUAGAUCUGCAGGCAGAUUUUGCUCUUUACGCUUGGCACCGUAUCAUUUAUCUGCUCAAGAGCCCCGCCAAACUUUCGCCAGCCAAUUGCUUAGAAGCCGUAAACGGUAUCGGCAGGAUGGUAGAGACUUUCUUGCUCGUUGGGAUCACCAUCAACCAAGCCUCAAAUAUUCCUGGGUCGCCUCCUAUGCCGUCGACCCCAACAGAUCACUUUUCAUCCUCAUCGCCCUCGCACUCCAAUCACCAUCAUUCAUACAGCCCUAACUCUAAGAUGACAUCGAUAUCCAGUAGAUCUUCCGCCCCGGAUGGAAAUACCAUCAUGCACAUGUUUGGUGCCUGGCUUUUUGAGGUAUCUUCACUACCUACUCCCGACUUCCCUACGGGGUCGUAUAAUUUGCAGUGGCAAACAUUCAACCCAUAUUAUCCUGCCGAUAGCUACCAUGAGGCACAGGCAUCAGCAUUUGGCGUUCUCUGCAGAAUAUUUAGCAAACCACAGCCCUCCGCUCGACCUUUCCUUCGUAUCUACACGGAGCGAUUUUAUGAGGCUCUUUCGAAUGGACUUCGUAGUGAAACAUCUCUACCGACCAUCCUAGCUCAUUCUGCAGAACUGUUUACAAGUGAAUUGGAGGGUGUACGAAUGAUGGUACCUGAUUUUGUGGUGGGUAUUCGGAUGGCAAUGAGUGGUCAGAUCCGUGUGGCAACAGGAUACAUGAGCCCAGAGAAGCAAAAGCAAGUACUGGAAGACUUGCACUUGGCAGCAUUGAAGGUUGCUGGCUGCAUCAUGUGUCUGCCCAAUCAUUUUGAAAAAGUGGAAUUAAAGGAAGACUGGAGCCUGGGCCUAUCUAAAUCUACCAAUAUGGCAAGUGAUGGAAAAGGCGGGCGUGAGGACAAGGAGAUUCUAGCUCAACUGAUCCGAGUUCUAUACACGACGGAUUCGCCUACAGAAGGAUCAAUACCUGCAUCCAAACGCUUUACUACUCUUAAAUACUACAUAUUGGAAAUGCUGCUCAAUUGCCUCGAGACCGAGACAUCUUCCUUUAAUUUGCGGUACUUGCUUCAUCUGAUUGAAGUUUAUGUGUACGAGGAUGUGGCUUUUUGUCCAGGGCUUGUUGGUGUUGUUGUCAAGACAAUUCAAGAAAAGAUUAUGACCAUCCAAGUUCCAGUAGACGUAGCAUUAUGUGCCUUUGAUGUCCUCAUUGGAUGUGUAGGCUUGUAUGACUAUGUUCGGAGGGAUAGCAAGAGUUGUGCCCGUGAAUUGGUGCUGGCGCUCUGCAGAUAUGUGGACGCACUUUUAGCAAACCAUGCGAUGUUAACAACUACGCACCCGCUCGUCAUCCGUGCAUAUGAGUGUAUGUUGCAGUGGAUUUUGGUCGGGCAGUGGAUUGUAGGCGAUAAAGAUUGUCAUCUCGCUGUAAUCAGCUCUAUUGGUAGUGGAAUCCAUAUAAUAGAACGGGUGGAGGAACUUGAAGCGUCUGUAGUUGUCCCAAAGCCUCCACAAGAGAAAAAAAGGUGGGGUGCAGUUGCAUCUGGGAACUCAGCUGUGGGUAAACAAUCAAGCAAUAGUGCAGUGAAGCUCUUCCAAGGAAACAAUAAGUAUCCGGGUCCUAUCAAGAUGUUGAAUCAAGAAUCAAAGAAAGAAAAAGGCAAUCGUAAGAACCGAUCUGCAACUUCCUCCCUCUGCGGCCAAGCCAAAGCCUCUCGACAAGAUCUAUUGCUAAUCCAACACGCUGCUGAGAUGGCCAUGACUCAAUUCUCGAACCAGUUGAGCAACUUUCCAGUCUGGUCAGAUGAUAUUGGUCCGAGCCGAAUGUCAACUCUGUGGAACGAUAUCGCCAUUAACAGGGCUAGUCUGGCUAACCUCAAGGGUAUGAUGGACUUUGAGUCUCUGGACUCUCAGCAACAGCAACAACAACUAAAUCAUCACUUUUAUCGCCAUGCACACCCUUCACCUGAGGCUAAUGUGACAGGCCCUGUAAGGUACUUUUUGCUGGACCGAAGAAUUAUCUUGGGAUGCUGCGAUGCCCUCAGUCUGGCUGAUACAGAAAAGAAUGCGGCUAGCUUUGUGGAUGAGCGAGGAUCAUUUGUUGUAGCUACUAUGAGAGACUCAAACGGCAAAAAUUCAUGGAAAGUGCGUAUCACUCAGUUUGAAAACUACGGUAAUCCAAACGGAAAUAGAUUGAGCAAUGGUCGCUUGGCGAUCCAAGAGACUGAAGAUGAACUAAGUGUCGCUGUAGCAGGGGCAGGGAACUCGAAGGAUGAAGAUGAUGUGAGUUUAGCCCAAUCAACAAAUGAGCCCAAGGUUCUGACUGUGGAGGCAGCUGACGAGGCUAGCAUUGGUCUGAAGCGAUACAUUCGUCCUGUCAAGAGUAUGGAGGAUGUAAGGCAGCAAGAGUCUGAGUCCAUAGAUGCUGAAAAUGAAGAGCCUCCACGGGCGGCAUUUGCACCGGGAGAGGUUGAACAGGAACCACCAUCGCAGCACAUGGUCCAAGCAGCCGGGUCCAAUGUCUUUAGAAUCUUAAUGGCACAGAUGGGAUAUUUAUCACUUGAGAAUCGAUCCAAGGUUGUGCCUCUCCAUCUCUCUGAGCGUCUCUUAGCUGAAUUGCAAUUUCUGGAUGGGCUCAGAGAGAGAGACUGCAUAGCAGUCAGUGUUUACUUUGCUCAAUCGGGCGAUAUAGGCUAUGAUGAACUAAUCCAUGGUUCCCCUGCAGGACUCCCCAAAGAUUAUACUCGAUUCCUAAACUGUCUUGGAUGGCCGAUUCAAGUCGAAGCACACUCUGGAUACCUUGGCCACUUGAACAAAGAGAUCUGUCAUACCACUCCCUAUUUUGCUGAUCGAAACUCGGAGGUCAUUUUCCAUGUCCCAUAUCUGAUGCGACCAUCUGCACCGGACAUCCCUCCGAUGCAAGACCACCGACUUGUGAACCAGUUCCGCUCUGUGACCUUACAUGACCAAGUAGCGAUUGUUUGGGUGGAACAACGUGAACGGAUGCUCAAUCUGUUGCCGCUUAUUGAUCAAAACGUGAUGGUCUUUAUCUUGAUCCAUCCUCUGGAAGGUGACUCUGCAGGAGGACUGUUCUGGAUUCGCAUUGUGGUCCAAGGCGCUCAUACCACGGCAGGAUCAGUUCGUCUGGCAACCAAUCAAUUAAUGAUUGGACCUUUAGCUGACGGGAUGCUCGUCUCAAGGCAUGCGUUAGGAAGUCUUGUUCGAAAUACGGCCAUUUCUGCAGAUAAGGCUUGUCGAUUAGUGACAGAUUCGUAUACGGAACCGAGUGCGGUUCGAGCAAGAUACAUUCAAGAAAUUUUGCAAAUGCAUCAGCCAGAAGAGCCAGAAAGCAUUUCAGAAUUUUAUAGGGCAAUGUUUGCGAC